AUGGGUUUAGGGCCCCAAGCCGAAGCCCAGGUGCUCAUCGAUGGUGUGGCUAUCAAGGCCCGGUGGAAGCCGAGAGGGAAGGACAACACCGCGGAUGAGCGCAAGGGCUACACGAGUCGAGACAUCUUCAUGGCGGAGAAGCAGCGCAAGGGCGGCGGGGGCGGCGGAGGCAGCCGGGAGCUGCUGAACCAGACCUCGCGGCGCAGCAGCCGGAGCCGCAGCCGCAGCAACGGCCGGCGCAACGCGCGCGGCGGGGGGGGUGGCAGUAGGUCCAUGAUCUAUGACGACCGGCCCAGAGACCGAGAGCGCUACGACGACCGGCGCCGGGAUGACCGGGGUUAUGACGAUCGAGGUCGCCAUGAUGACCGACGUGAUGACCGGCGGGAUGACCGGCGUGAUGACCGGCGGGAUGACAGGCAUAGCUACGACGACCGCCGCGAUGACCGGCGACGCGAUGAUCGCCACGAUGACCGACGCCGAGAGGACAGCAGAGACAGAGGCCGCUACGAGUCGAGCAGAGGAGGGCGCCUGUGA